AUGUUAGAUAAUUCGAACGAAGAUCAAACGAGUACUUCGAGUAUAGUACAAGAAGGUAAUAUGAGCGCUGGCACAGCGUCAUUAGAACGUGAGUUAACAAGUACGCGACGGCUAUUGUGGGGGAACAAUGUCAAAGAAGACGUGUUUAGACGAUGGGCACAGGGCUUUCAAUUUAGUACUGACGAACCAAGUGCUCUCAUCCAGCAAGAAGGAGGACCAUGCGCUGCUAUUGCUCCUGUUCAAGGCUUUCUGCUAAAAAUUCUUCUCUCAGAGACUCCAGGUCACACUUUACAUGACUUGACCUCGGAGAAGUGCAAUUCUCUUUUGGUUAGGGCUGUGUGUAUGAUAUUAAGCCAGUGUUUAGCUGCUAAAUACAAUGUUGCAGUUUACCGCAAAGGUGAGGCAGGAACAGAAGGCAGUUCCAGUGUGAAUGUCAGUGUAGAUGAACAGUCUUUUGAUGCUAUUGAAAACUUUCAUAGAAGACUAGAAGUACAUACAUUUCAAACAUUAUCUGAAGUAGAAUCUUUUUACAAUCGAAAUAUCCGAAUUCUAAAGGAUAAAUAUGGUGUUCUGCUUUUAUUGUAUAGUGUCAUUCUUAGCAAAGGUUUAGAAACUGUAGAGGCUGAACUAUCAGAACUAUCAGAUCCAUUAAUUCAUUCAACCUAUGGAUAUGGAUCACAAGGACUAAUAAAUCUAAUGUUAACGGGACGGGCUGUGGCCCACGUCUGGGAUCAUGAUCAAGUUGUGGGUGGACUUCGUUUAAGAGGAAUUGAAAGGCAAAAUGAUAUUGGUUUUCUUACCAUAAUGGAACAUAUGCAAUAUUGUACAGUUGGCUCAUUUUAUAAAAAUCCAAAGCAUCCUGUUUGGGUGUUAGCUUCCGAAACCCAUUUGACUGUACUUUUCUCUAUGGAAAGACGCCUUGCUGCACCAGAAACGGCAGGAGAGUCCGCUGAGCGUAUAUUUAGAUCUUUUGACCCUGAAGGUAAUAAUUUCAUACCAUCAGCUGCCCUUCAAGAUGUUUUAUGUGCAGCAGAUCUUGUCAGUGAACCAGAAUAUGUGGAAUUAAUGAGAAGGAAGCUUGACUCAGAGAAUCUAGGAAUAAUAUUGUUGAGUGCAUUUAUGGACGAGUUUUUUCCUGGCUGUGAGCGUGGUGCACCAGACACAUUCACAUUACACCACUAUAAUGGUCUAUCUCGAAGCAACCCUGGAGGCAGAGUAGUUUACAGAACUGGAAGAGCUGCAUUGCUUGAGUGUCCAAUGCGAGCCGCAACUACAGACCCUAUGCUUACCUGUCUACAGACCAAGUGGCCUAGCAUUGACAUUGUGUGGGAUGAUGGGCACUCACCCUCCUUAAAUUAG